AAGAUGGCGGAGAGUGCCGAACUAAAGAGAUUCAAGGUAUGUUCCCCGGAACCUCAAUUGAAUUUCUUCAGGACUGAUAUGGUGGAUUGUGGCCAAGACUAGAGGUGUGAAUCUUCACUGGCCUCACGAUUCGAUUACGAUUCAAAGGCAAAUGGUGAUGAGCCUGCGGGUGUCAGAGCUGCAGGUUCUUUUGGGUUACGCCGGCAGAAACAAACAUGGGCGAAAACACGAGCUCUUGACAUCAGCCUUACACCUUCUUAAAGCUGACUGCAGCCCUGUUGUCCAAAUGAAGAUCAAGGAGCUCUACAGACGACGCUUCCCCACCAAGCUGGUGUCCCCGGCGGAGCUGGCCUUGCCUGGAGUCCACCCCGCUGCUACCUCCCUGCCCCCUGGCCUCACUCAGUUGGGCUUUGAUGGGCAUGGAGCACCCCCAUCCCCUCUGCUCCCCAUCUCCCUCCUCGGGCCCAAACAUGAGCUGGGCCUGCCUCACCUCCAUACAAACCUGCAUCCCGUACACCCUGAUGUCAAACUGCAGCGGCUGCCCUUUUACGACAUGCUGGAUGAGCUCAUUAAACCAACAAGUCUCGCUUCAGAUAACAGCCAGAGGUUUCAGGAAACAUGUUUUGCAUUUGCAUUGACACCACAGCAAGUCCAACAAGUCAGCAGCUCAAUGGACAUAUCAGGGACCAAAUGUGACUUUACAGUGCAAGUACAGUUACGGUUUUGUCUAUCAGAGACGAGCUGCCCUCAGGAGGACCACUUUCCCCCUAAUCUCUGUGUUAAAGUCAAUGGGAAACCAUGUAAUCUCCCAGGAUAUCUCCCUCCUACCAAAAAUGGCGUGGAACCAAAGAGGCCCAGCAGACCCAUCAACAUUACCUCACUUGUCAGACUGUCCACAACUGUUCCCAACACCAUUGUAGUGUCUUGGACCUCAGAAAUUGGACGGAGUUACUCUAUGGCGGUGUACCUGGUCAAGCAGCUGUCAUCUACAGUGCUGCUGCAGAGACUACGAGCCAAAGGCAUCAGGAACCCAGAUCACUCCAGAGCACUCAUAAAGGAAAAGUUAACAGCAGACCCUGACAGUGAAAUCGCAACCACCAGUCUUAGAGUUUCAUUAUUAUGUCCGCUGGGAAAGAUGCGGCUGAUGAUUCCAUGUCGGGCGUUGACGUGUACACACCUGCAGUGUUUUGAUGCCACGCUCUACAUUCAGAUGAAUGAAAAGAAGCCCACAUGGGUGUGUCCUGUCUGUGACAAAAAAGCACCCUAUGAACACCUCAUCAUUGACGGGUUGUUUAUGGAGAUUCUGAACAGCUGUUUAGAUUGUGAUGAAAUCCAAUUCAAAGAGGAUGGCAGCUGGGCCCCCAUGAGGUCAAAAAAGGAAGUGCAGGAAGUUUCUGCUUCGUACAAUGGCAUAGAUGGUGGAUGUCGCAAGGCAUUGCCGGAGCAGAACUCCCAAACAAAUGGCAACAAUGGAGGCAGCAGCAAAAAAGUGGAGGUGAUCGAUUUGACUCUUGACAGCUCAUCUGAAGAUGAGGAGGAUGAAGAGCCUCCUCUGAAACGAAGCUGCCCCUCACUGUCCAGCAUCUCUCCUCAGAUGGAUAAAGGAGUGCUAAAUCUGCAUAGACAAGCAUCACCUCUAAGUCGAACUCCCAGCUUGCCUCAAGUGGAUACCAAUUACAUUCCCCCACCUCCCCCCCUAAUUCAGGACUACCGCCACUACUACCCUACACCCAAUGACCUAUCAGAUCUCAACUUUUUCCCUUUUUUACAAGGGGAGAAUCAUCAGCACUACAACAUGGUGAUGGCAGCUGCUGCAUCAGCAUCUGAAGAUCACGAGCUCUUCCUGAGUCGUUUUCUCCCGUACGGCUCAUCUCAGCUCUUCCUGGACCCUUCUUCCACCCCCGUAAGCAGCACCCUCCCUCCCAUGAACGUUAACGGCAGCAGCACUGGCAACAGCCUGGUCUCCACCAGCAGCCUACGGGACAGCCUCGGACACCCGCCUACCCCGCGGCCCACAUCUGAAUCGGCCCCCACAUCUGCCAUCUACGGCCCCAUCCCAGACGUCAUCUCAUUAGACUGACCCAGGACCAGACCCUCACAAAGGAAAUAGACUGAAGAGACUUUCAGAUAUUGGGGGAAAAAAGGGGACACAUACAGGAUGACUGAAGGGUGUUUUUGUAAACGAUGAUAACCGUUGCCGUGUACAGAGAACAAAUAUAUUUUUUGUUUGACUUUUGUAUAUACCUAUGUAUCUAGCUAUCUAAUGGAUAUGUAAACUUGAAAGAGUUGUUUUCCUGGCUUGCUAAGUUAGUUUGGGUUUAUCUCCUUGGAAACUGAAGAUAUUUUUCCUCACAGCUCUCUUUCAACCCCUUUAACAUGAUAUGAACACCUUUUAUAUCCUUUCCUUGCCAUAUUCUGUAGUCUUCGGUAUUAUGUCUGAUUCCACAGGGCACAAUGCCUGACUCUUGAUUCUUUUCUCUUCCGUGCAAAACUUGACAUGUCUUUGCCAAUUCACACCACAUUGACCCUCCGUUACUAAUGGCUGCAUGUUUCCCUCAAACAUGCAGGAUUAUCUUAUAUAAUGCUUUUAAGUUAUGUGAGGCAGAUGGGUCAUUAAGAAGCAUUCCUUCACCUUCAGGCUAUCAACUGGGAGUAGAAGCAUUGUUACACCAAUAUGUGACCUCAUCAUUUUUAUGUGAAACGUAAUAUGACUUUUAAAAAAAAAAUGUAAUUCUAUAACAAUUUUGCAUCCACUUUGUUCAUAUUUUUCUUGCUCGAUGCCAAAAGAACUCUGUUUCGUGUCGAAGUUUCUAGAGUGAGAGCUUGUGAGUUCAGUGAACUUAAACGUACACCAUGUUUGGAAAGUAAGCAUUUACUCUUUCUUUGUGGCUCCCAUGCUUGAUUGUUCUUUCCUUCCUUUCCUCCUUCCUCUCCUUCCUUAAAUUUAAAAUUUUCCAAGAAGAAUGAAUUAUUAGGAGGUUCAACAGUGGCCAAGAUUGUGAGGAGGCUGUGAUAUCUUUGGUGUUGGCGUGUAUCGUGUACUUGCUCAUAGAUGUUUGUUUGACAGCUACGGUCGGUCUUAGCACCUGUACUGUCAUAGGAGUUAACAGUAUUCCCCAGCCCCAUUUCAUUUCCUGUUCAGUUGUUGUCUGUUGAGUCAUCUGUGUUUGAUACUGUGUGUGUAGUCUCAGGCUGAGAAAUCCUUAAGCCACUUCUCAUUUCUUCUGCCAUUUUGUCACGUGUGCCUUGUUUGUAAGUGUAAGUGUUUUUUAGGCGCAUGAAAGACUGGACCUGUAUUUUCUUGUACUUAGUUAGCCUGUAGUAGGCUGUUGCUCAUUGCACCCAUCAGAUAUGGAAAAAGACUGUUUGCAAACAAAUAAUUCAGAUGCUGCUUGGGGUUAACAGGAAAUUAGUCGCAAUAUGUGUGUGUGUGUGUGUGUGUGUGUGUGUGUGUGUGUGUGUGUGUGUACGUUUUUCAAACUAGUGAAAUAUUUGAAAAGCAUGAGAGAGCUAUUGUGUGCAAGUAAGCCUAUAUUAUUAUUUCUACUUAUAUGAAACAAGCUAUCCAAGUUCUCUGUGUGUGUGUGUUUAGCACUAAGCCUUUGCUGCUGUGGCUCUCUUAAGGUCUCUGAGCCUGUGUGCUGAACAGAUCUUCUCUCAAAGCCUAAUUGGGUUUGUGACUAGGGUAAUUGCGUGUGACAAAAUCUAGCUAUCACGUUUUGCGUAGUUUGAUAGACUGGUGAGUCUCACUCUGUUUUCAUUGCCCUCUAAAACUCCUUUUAACCCACAUUAUUUCUGAAAAUAAAUAUAUGCGGUGUGUUUAUCAGUUGAUUGCCUUUUGACUAUAAGUUUGGUUUGAAACUUAAUUGGUUUAUUAACAUGACAAAAGUUAUCAAAGAGUCAAAAAUAUGGAUGCUGAUAUUGCAAAAGUCUAAUUACAAAAUUGACUAUUUGUUAGAUCUCUACCAGAGUUUAUGAAUUAAUUUUAUAAAAAUUAAAUAUUAAAAAGAUUUUCAAUUUGUCUUUGAUAUGUUUAUAUAUUAUUGACAAGGUUUGUUACCAAGGAUAUACUAGCUGGAUUCAAUGACAUAAAUAGAAUGCAAGUUUUUAUAAACUUUUCGAUUUUGGUAAUGAUCAACAAAGGGAAAGGUUAUGUAUGUGUAUGAAUGUAUGCAAGUAUGUGUGCAUGUUUUUGUUUUUUAUGUAAGGCAACCAUUGUGCAGAUUGGAUGUUCCAGUGAUGUGCAUUUAUGUGUUCAAGUGGGAUCUGAAACAUCACAAUAAACUAAUUUAUAUAUUUUAAAUGCAGAACUGUGCUCUGGGCGGACUUGGUGUCAAAGUCCGUGUUUAUUUCAUUUUCCAAUUCAUUAAGCUGACAUCUAUGCUCACUGCCUUAAACUUCAUCCACUUUCUGUUUAUGUGGCAUGUUUUAUGAAAAGAAAAAAAAAACAGAUUUUUAAAAUGUGGAAGAUAUAUUGUACAGUAGACCAAUGUCAGUUUGUAUAUAGUACUAAGUGAAAAUAUUUAUUACAUGCAUUGAAAGAAAUUGUUUACCUAUUGAAUGUUACGUGUUUAUGUAGAGACUUUUAGAUGUAAUAAAAUGCAUUGAGUUAA